GGAAAUAAAUUUAAAUAUAACUAAAACAAAAUCGUGAUGCCCGCCAACGAAACCCCGCUCCCCGCCGCUGCACCGGCCACACGCAGGUCCGCAAGUGGAGCUGGUCCUGGACCUGGAGCUGCAUCUGUGGGCGGCGGUGCAGCUGGCGAUGGCGCAGACUUUGCCAGACUGAACGCUGUUGACGCCCAAGGGUCCGAUCAAUCGAUGGACGAUGUACCUCCACCGUUUGCCAGCUGCCGCCGGCCUCGACCCGAUCCCAAUUCGUUGCCAGUGCGUCAGUACCUGGACCAGACCGUGGGUCCCAUUCUGCUGCACGGAAUGCAAGCUUUGUCCCGGGAUAGGCCCACGGAUCCGGUCAGCUAUUUGGCCACGUAUUUGCUGAAGAAUAAGAAUCGCUGCGAUGAGCUGAACACCGAGUCGGCGUAGACACUAAGCAACACUAAUUUAAGCUCCAAAUUUUCGCACACACUUUGCUAGCACACUUACACCUAUCCCAAGUACAAGUGCACAUGAAACCAAGUCGCCAGCUGGACUUUAAUCGAAUCUACACUUGGUACAAUGCAAUACACGCACACUGGGUCGACCUCGACACUCUGCCCCAUCGCUCUACACUGAAUUACACAAGCAAAAAUCAGAAAAGGGGGAUGCAGAUACCAUUCAAGAAUUACAAUUAAUGUUUGUCCAACUCUGUUAUUCGCCGAUUUUAGAUAUCAUUGAGAGUGCUACACAAUUUAUCGCCGUUUAAAUAUACUUAUUAUUCACUCACCAGA